AUGAAGCUGUUGCUCCUGCUCCUGCUGCUGGCCGCGUGCUGGCCCGUGCAGGACGCGUAUGACAACUGCCUAUGGGGCUGCGGGGUCCGGACUGUGUCUUCCUACAACAACACGAUGCGCGUUGUGGGCGGCUGGAAUGCUCAGCCAGGCUCCUGGCCCUGGAUCGUCAGCAUCCAGGUGCCCUGGGCGGAAGGUACUGGACACAUCUGUGGAGGGUCACUCAUCACCGCCGAAUGGGUCCUCACAGCAGCUCACUGCUUCAUAAACGCCAGCUAUGUUGAGCUGUGGCGCUUGGUGAUUGGUACCUCCAAUUUAUAUGAGCUGGGCCCUGAGGCCCAAGUGCGCUAUAUCAAGACGCUAAUUAUUCAUGAACAUUAUAAUAACGUCACACACGUACAUGACCUUGCGCUGCUGCAGUUGGACCAACCUGUGCAGUGCAACUACUAUGUACAGCUGGCAUGCGUCGCUGAUAGCUCAGUCCAAGUGUCAAAACUGUCACCUUGCUACGUUGGUGGUUGGGGUGCCAUGGCAGCACGGCGCGCUAUACUACCUUACAUCCUUCAGGAAGCUCUUGUCAACCUCAUUGACAUCCGCAUCUGCAACCGCAGCGACUGGAAUGCAUGGAUCAUUGAGAAAACCCAUCUGUGUGCUGGCUUUCCGCAAGGUGGCACUGGCACUUGCCAGGGUGACAGCGGUGGCCCCCUUAUAUGCAAAGAUCAAAUUGGCGACUUCUACUGGCUUGUGGGUGUCACCAGCUGGGGAAAAGGCUGCGCAAGACCGCAACUACCCGGAGUCUACAGCUCCGUCCAGCACUAUUACAACUGGAUCGUGAGCCACAUAAGCGCAGCGCAGGAAUCAUCAUGGAGAUGGGGUCAUUCAUCCUCUGGCUUCAACCAAUUCUAUAAGCCAGUGCCAACACAGUCGUACCGGCCCAAUCCCUGCCCCUACCCACGCCACAAGCUCGUGGAAUUUUUUACUGGGGUGGAGCAGCUGCUGAACACCCUAAAGAGAAAUAGGCCCUGAGCAGGACAAACAGGAUCGGGGGCAGUGUGCGGCAACCAUUUCCCCCUCGGGCAGUGCCCAUUGAGCCAGAG